UGAUGACAGCCUGCAGCUGAGCUCAGGAGAAGAAGAAAAGGCGGAAGAAACAAAAACUCUGCAGAACCGAUCCAGAUCCGUGCGGGAAACGUCUGCCGCCGUGGUUGGGACCGAUACCAACAGUCCAGUUCUGGUACUGAAGGCGUGGAUCGGCCUGGUUCGUGUUUUCUAUUUAAUCUAAGCGUGCCCACUUCAACCGGACCGGGUCGAUUCUGAUCAGGCAUACGUCACCCACACCAGCUGUAAGGGUGUUUGACCCGGUUCUACUCGGAUCAGAGUUCAUUUUAAGGGAAAGAAUCGCAAAAAGUUCUAAACGAAGCAGGUCGAACUGCGCAUGUGCAGAGAUCCCUUGAGUCUUUGAAACGGAACGUGAUGGUCUGCAGGUAAAGGCGUCACGCAGGCCCGCAGCCAUGGCCGAGGCGGGGGCCCACCUCACCUCCACCUCCAUCGGCGAGCAGCCGUCCAUCUUUGAGGUUCUGGCCCAGGAGUCACUGCUGGCGGCCGUCCGUCCGGCGGUGCAGCACGCCGUCAAGGUUCUGGCUGAGUCCAGUCCGGCCCGCUUUGGACCUCUGUGGAGGAUUUUUGAUGAGCUCUACUUGCUGCUGGACCUGCUGCUCCAGAACCACUUCCUGUCCCGCCACAGCGCCUCCUUUUCCGAGAACUUCUAUGGCUUAAAGAGAGUGUCAAGAGGGAGGGGACUUCCUGUGCAUAAGGGGCUGCGCCGACCCGCCCACUGGCGAUCUCUUCUUCUGCUGUGCCUGGUUCCGUACCUGCGGGCCAAGCUGGAGGCCCGGCUGGUGCGGCAGAGGGAUGAGGAGGACUUCUCCAUCCAGCUGGCCCGGUCAAGAACACGGCGGCUGUACGGCGCGGCGGUGGCGGCGUUCCCCUAUAUCAGCUCGGCCUGGCGGGUCUGGGUCUUCUGCCAGCAGCUGCUCUUCGUCUUUGGGUUCUCCAGAACCCACAGCCCGCUACUGUGGCUGGCUGGGGUCCGACUGACCCGACUGAGUGCUGCAGAUUUCAGAAACAUGGAGGCGUCCGACGACCCGGCUCGCAGCAGGUACAUCCGCUUCCGUCCAGAAGGUCAAAGCUCCGCCCUGAUGAGGGCGGGGCACAGUGAUGUUGCAGUGAGGCCUGAACCGUGUUUGUGUGGCUGCAGGGUCGGGUGGAUGAUGUCACAGGCGGCGAGGGGCGUGGCCACCUCUCUCUCCACCUUCUUGUCGAUGGGCGUCUUCUUCCUGCAGUUCCUGGAUUGGUGGUACUCGCCAGACAACCAGAGCACCAUGAGGGGGCUGACGUCCCUCCCCGCGCCCCCACCCCCCCUCCACCUGCACCAGGACUCCAACGGCCGCAGCUGCCCGCUCUGCCACAAGCCGUGCGCCAACGCCACGGCGCUGUCCACCUCCGGCUUCGUCUUCUGCUACCCCUGUAUCUACGCGCACGUGAAGGCGCACCGCUGCUGUCCCGUCACCGGCGUCCCCAGCGCACCGCAACACCUCAUCAAGAUCUAUGCGCCUGAGGGUUAGAGCGACAGCGCCACCACCUGGACGCCCCUGUGGAAUGAACUGUUUUAACUUUUAUACUGCUGUACAAAUAACCUCCGUUUAACUUUAGUUCACCAACAAACUAAGGAUUAAAUAAGCGAUGAAAGAUGAUCUGACUGAAGUUGUUUUUAUCAGUGACCCGGUUGUCAUCAACGCCACCCGUCCUGACCCGACCCACCCUGAACUCUCGUGAAAGUCACAGCUGUCAAUCUCUUUAGGUUGAAAGGUUUAUAAUUUAUCAACAAAUACAAGAGAAAAUGAUUUUUCUGGCACUGAGGAAAUCAAGGAAUUUAAAUGGGUUUUCUACUGACUGUAUAUGAGAAUUGGACCGAGUGACUCCUCCCCCUUGGCCUUCCAAACAGGAAGAAGUACCAGCUGGCUCCAAGAAGCUAAAAUCCCAUAGACUAUAUGAUAUUUGAGUUCUGAAGGUGAGUUUGUGGUGAGGAGUUACUGAGCAAACUUCUCAGGGACAGAUGCACCGUUUGACCAUGUUUUUGGUUUAAGGCGCUCCUGUCUCAGGUGGAGGAGUUUAAACAUCUUGUGGUCUUGUUCAUGAGAGAGGGAAGAUUGGACCGUGAGAUCGACAGGUGGAUUGGAGUGGUGUUUGUCGUUAUGCGGUCGCUGUACCGGUCUGUUGUGGUGAAAAGAGAGCUGAGCCAGAAAGUAAAGCUCUUAACUUACCUGUCCAUCUUUGUUCCAGUACUCACCUGGAAUGACUGAAAGAACCAGAUCCCGACUACAAGCGGCUGAAAUGAGUUUCCUCUAGAGGGUGGCUGGACGCUCCCUUAGAGAGAGGGGGAGAAACUAGGAGAAAACUCUGAGUAGAGCUGCUUCUCCACAUCCAGAGGAGCCAGUUGAGGUGGAUCGGACAUCUGGUCCGGAUGCCUCCUGGACUCCUCCCUGGAGAGGUGGUCCGGGCAUGUCCCACUGGGCGGAGGCCCCGGGGAAGACCAGGACACGCUGGAGUGGAGUCUCGGCUGGCCUGGGAACACUUCAGCGUCCCCCCUCAGAGGAGCUGCAGCAAGUGGACGGGGAGAGGGAGGUCUGGGGAUCUUUGCUUAGACUUCUGCUCUACGACCCGGUCCUGGAUGAAGGGAAGAAUGUUGGAAGGAAGUAACAAAGGAAGGAAGAUAGGAUGUAAAGGUGUAUGGAAAGAAGGGAGGAUGUAAGAAAGGGAGGAUGUUAGGAUGUAAGGAAGUAAGGAUGUACAGAAGAAAGGAUGUACAGACAGACGGGCGGAUGUCAAAUAUCUUCUUGUUGAAAUGAUGGACAAAGAACCCAA